AUACACCGAAACUACCACUUCAGCCGAGUUGUUGCCCGUGGAAGAUGCCUUCUGCAGCUACUGCGAAACUAGAAAAGCAGGCCUCUACGGAGGCUGUUGAUUCUUUCCGACAGGCAAUUAUAAUACUUGAACAUAAAAUAAGAAAUUUGGAGAAGAGAAAGAGGAAAAUUGAAUCAUACCGAGAAGAGCAGAAAAAUGGAAAGGACUUGAACAGUGACCAGCUUGCAGCUGUGGCAAAGUAUGAGGAGGUCCAACAGACACUUGAAUUUGCUCGUGAUCUUUGUAAGCAGUUUAAUGGGAUUGCUGUAGAUGCUGCCAAACAGCAUAAGAAGCAGGCAAGGAAAGAAGCUUUGGAGAAUUUUUUUGCUAAAGUCAAGGAAAUUCUUCUGGUGCAGGAUGUUCUGCAUAAUAUGGGUCAGGAGAGUGUUCGUGAGGAUUUUCUUGCUGGCCGAAAUGGAGCAGUGCAGCUGGAUGAUGAAGAUCUGAAACACUUGGAUGACCUGUAUAUUGAAGUAUUGCCAAAACAUGGAAGGGAGGAUGGGGCUCUUCCUUUCCAGGAACAAGUUCAGCACUCAGCAGAGCAUCUGCUGAGCAUUGUAGAGGGGAAGAGCAAAGAGAUUUUAGGAACAACAUAUGUGAAGCUGAAGGAAUUAGUUACAGCAAUCCAUGCCUGUGGCUACUUUGAUCAGUCGGUGGAGGAAACAAGUGAAGAACAAACUGAAGAAUUGGUGAAUACGGAAGUGGAACUACAGAAUUCACAGGAAGCUGUAGUAGAUGAAGAAAACUAUGUUGGAGAGACACAGAUGGUUGCUCCUUCUGAUACAACAUUCCCUCAAGCUGUUGCACAGCUUCAGUCAGUUACAACAGGAAGCCAGUCCACUGCAGCAAUGCCAGUUUCAAGUCCUAUGGUGCCACAACCAACUGCAUCAGUAGCACCAGUCCCAACACCUGUUGCAUCUGUUGAGAGCUCGUACUUCAGUACAGCAGCACCAACAUUUGUCCCUGCUCAAGCAUCAGCCCUGCAACAGUCCCGGCCUCUGAAUGAGGUCAUCAGUUCUGUUAAUAGUAGUUUUAAUUUCCUGCAGGAGUCAGAGUUGGAUUCUCCAGAUUUGUCUGCUAUGCUGACGGGAACAAGCCAGCCAAGUCAACAGGCUCAACAAAGAGGAAUACCAACCCCACCUCCAAGUGGACCUGUUCCAGUUGCACCUAUCCCCACACAGACAUUCACAAAUCAGAAUUUUGCAUCUGUACCUCCUGCAAAUGUGGCACAACAGGUAGUUUAUCAAUCAGGAAGUGAACUUACUCAGUCACACAUCCCAGGAUUUGCUGCAACUACUCCAAAUCCUCCACCACCAAUUCCAAUGCCACCAUCACAUCAUCAGCAUCGUUCAAUUAGCCCAGCAGUUCCUGUAGCAACAUUGCAGCAGACCUACAACCAGUCUGCAACACAAGUUUCUGCUUAUGUGUCUCAGGCCCAGCAGCCUCAAGCCAAUGUCCCAAAUCCAUACAGCACACAGAAACAGCCUCAGGAGCAAGUUGAUCAUCAGCAGGUGGCUGAACAGAUGACAAGUGUGACUAUAGACGAUUCCGCUGGUGAUUGGGGACAAACUGAAAACAGCCAGAAUGACUGGAGUCAGCAACCAGAGACCCAGACAGAUUGGAAUCAGCAGACUGAAACACAGGCAGAUUGGAAUCAGCAGACUGAAACACAGGCAGAUUGGAAUCAGCAGACUGAAACACAGGCAGAAUGGAAUUCCUCACCUGCCAACCAGAAUGAUUCCUUCAUAACUCAAAGCAAUACAAGAGUCUAUGGAAGUGGGCGAGGGCGAAUGAAUAGGGGGAGUGGCCGAGGUUCAUCUAAUGGUUAUUCUGGCAAUAGAGGACGUGGCAACUACCAGAAUGGUCGUGGAGGAGGUGGUAAAUCUUAUGGUUACCGCAACAAUGAAGGCGGAAGCAACAAUUACUACCAGAAUGGUUACCAGCAACGUGAUAACUUUGGAAGUAGCGGUUAUGGUGGGGGGUAUAAACGUGGUACUCGUGGAUCCUCCAGAGGAAGCAUGGACCGUGGAGGCCCCCGGGGAGGUUCUGGUGGCCGUGGUGGCAGCAAUCCUCGAGGAAGUCGUGGCAGUAGUUUUGUUCGUGGUGGAGGCAACAAGCAAUAGUCAGUAGCUAAAGUGAAGCAAUGUUUCAUCAAGCUAAAGCUUGUGUCAUUUGAACCAAGUUCUGUGGUCAUGAAUGUGUGGUUGACCAAGCUUGUGAUGGCGAAAGAUGAUCACAUGAGUGUGAAUUUUUUCUCCACCUUAAUUUGCUCCAAUUUGCAAAACAAUUUUAAAAUUUAGCCACUUUUCAGUAAUGCGAAUGUAUUGAGUGCAGCAUUAGAGUAUUUUUAUUAAUCAUGCAGAGCAAACAGUCCUGUGAAUAUCAAGCUACAUAUUGUGGACUGGUUGGAAUGUGGCAAGAAAUUAUUUUGAAGGUGGUUCUGGUCGUGAGAAGUGAGAAAUCAAGUUCAUACCAAUUUCUGAGUAUUAAGUAAUUUGUUUAGUGUCAGAAGGCAGUUUUCACAGGGCAACAACUGAGUAAAAGCAUUAAAUAAAAAAAUUUACUAUAAAAUACCAAAAAAAGAGAACAUAUGUAUUGAAAAAGCAACUGAAUACAUACAAAGUGACUGUUUCCUAUGUCGUAAGUGCAGUUUUAUUUUUCUUCAUUAAAUGUAAAAAAAACUGUU